UCCAUAAGUUGAUGAAAUCUGUACAUUUUGUGACAGAAAUAAACAAUUUCUUUCAAUUCGAAAGGUAGCUAAAAGAAACUUGGAAAUCCAAGCUGAAAACAUGAUAAGAAUAUCGCCAAUUAAAUUUCCUCCAUGUAAUGUGGGGGAUACCGUGCGACUAAAAAUACCCGAUGUAGAUAGGGGAAGGGGCGAUUUUAGAAACGUUUUAAUGGUAGUAGUAGAAACAAAUAGAGAAGGCAUGUAUCGUUUGGGAAAUGAGAGUGGAACAAUUGAAGAAAUGUUCUCAAGAAACCAGUUUACAGUAUGUGACAAUCAACUCCUUGAUAUUGACAAAGUGUCAUCGGAAAAAAAAUCAUUACGACAAAUUGCUACUAGCGAGUCUAUGUCUGGUGGUCAAGGAUACAAAAGAUGUCAUUGUAAAAAAAAUGUAUUACACUAAAAUGUCGUUGUAAGUCUUCAGAAGUACUAUGUAACUCUUAAUGUCACUCGAGCUUAUCCUGCUCAAAUAAGUAAGAGUAAAUCCAAGUAAAACUAAAUAUUUUCAACUUUACG